AUGGCUUCCCUCAUGCGUCCGACCACGCUGCUCAGGCAGACAGCGCUCGCGUCGCGCUCUGCGGCGUUUGCUCGCCCUGCUGCCGUAAGGGCCGCUGCUUUCCAGACGUCGAGCAGGAAGAGCGCCAUCCUGCCCGCUGGGCCUCAGGUCAUCCAAGGCGGAGUCAAUGAUCCCGCCCCUAUCCCUACUCCCAGCGCCGCGCACGGCUCCUACCACUGGGCGUUUGAGCGCCUGGUCGCCGCGGGUCUCGUCCCCCUCACCAUCGCCCCCUUCGCCGCGGGCUCCCUCAACCCCACGCUCGACGCCAUCUUCUGCGGCACCCUGCUCAUCCACUCGCACAUGGGCUUCCAGCAGGUCGUUAUUGACUACAUCCCGCAAAAGGGCUGGCCCAAGCUGCGCAAGGGAGCCACGUGGCUGCUCAACCUGGUCACCCUUAUGGUCGGUGUUGGUCUGUACGAGUUUGAGACGAACGACGUCGGCAUCACCGAGGGUGUGAAGAGGGUCUGGACGGCCAAGGCGGGGACUGAGUAA